UAACGUUUUCUGCUUCUGUUUUGGUGAAAAAUGGCUGAUCAGGAGCACAGCUCGAUGAUUUCGAUGUACAAAGCUCGAGAUUCUAGUCCUGAUUCUGUGAUUUUCACUCUGGAAUCCAAUUUCAGUCUCUUCUCUUCCGCUUCCGCGAGUGUCGAUCGCUGCUCUUUCGCUUCCGAUGCUCACGAUCGCGACUCCUUCGCUUCUGAACUCUCCCUGCAUUUGGCAGGACAUGAUCGAGAGCACAACGAGAGUUCAAGUGGCCCAGAUCUAGACCCAAACAAACAACUAAUAGUUCCCAGAAAAGGAGAAAAAGAGAAAGUUCAAAAGGACGCCGGUGAUGAAGGAAUGGAAGAUGAAAAUCAACUCAUAGAUUCUGCAAGAAGCUCAUUCUCUCUUGCUAUUAAAGAGUGUCAGGAUAGGAGAUCCAGAUCUGAAGUUCUGUCCAAGAAGCUUGACAGGCGAAGACCUGCUUCUCUAGAUCUGAAUAAUGCUACCGCUUCUUCUCCACGAUUAGGAAACAUGAAGAAAAGCUUGGUUACGGGCAGGAAAUCUGGUGCAUUUCCCAGUCCAGGGACUCCAAAUUAUCUUCACACAAGUGGUGGAAUGCAAAAGGGUUGGAGCUCUGAGCGAGUACCAUUGCAUAGUAAUGGGGGCAGGAAGCAGGUGAGUAGUUCAUUCUUGCCCUUGAACAAUGGAAAGACUUUGCCUUCUAAGUGGGAAGAUGCAGAGAGGUGGAUAUUUAGUCCUGUUUCUGGGGAUGGCUGUGGAAGCCAGUCGACUGCACCUGCCCAGAGGCGACCAAAAUCGAAAAGUGGUCCACUUGGUCCUCCCGGUGUUGCUUACUAUUCAUUGUAUUCACCUGUGGUGCCCGUGUUGGAAGGGGGGAAUGCGCAGAAUUUCUUGGCAGGUUCUCCACUUUCAGCAGGUGUAAUUACAGCCGAUUGUUUGGCAAUUCAUUCUGGUUCCCAUGGUGGAGGUUUUGCUGCAACAGAGCCUUGCAUGGCCCGUUCAGUGAGUAUACAUGGGUGCUCUGAGAUGUUGAAUCCUCCAUGCUUGCUGUCCCAAGAUGAAAAGCCUGAUUGUGUCAAGGAUGCAGGCACUGAUAUUUGUCGUGAUGUUUCAAGAAGAGACAUGGCAACCCAAAUGAGCCCACAGGGUAGUGCUCACUCAUCUCCUGAAGAAAGUCCUUUCUCGCCUUCCACCCUGUCUGCUCUACCUAUGGUAGAAAUGCAAAGCGUACAAGCCCAUAAAUCAGAAGUGAGAGAUGUGCAGGUAGAUGACAGGGUUACCAUGACAAGGUGGUCAAAGAAGAAUAGGGCCCGAAACCCCACUAAAAGAUCAGAUAUUAUUGAUGACUGGAGAAAGAAAGCUGUUGAUGUUCAGGCAUCAGCCUGGGAUGUAUCAGAUACGGCAAAGAACAUUUCCAAGAUCAAAAGAGAAGAAGCUAAAAUCACUGCAUGGGAGAAUCUGCAGAAGGCAAAAGCUGAGGCAGCAAUACGGAAACUAGAGAUGAAGCUGGAAAAGAAGAGGUCAUCAUCAAUGGAUAAGAUAAUGAAUAAGCUAAGAUCAGCUCAAAAGAAAGCCCAAGAAAUGAGGAGUUCUAUGUUAGCUAACCAGGCCAAUCAAGUUGCAAGGACUUCCCGUGGCAUUAUAUCUUUCUGUAGAACUCGCCAGAUGGGUUCACUAAGUGGUUGCUUUACCUGCUAUGCUUUCUAAUUCUUCUUUUAGCUAUCUGUUGAUGCCCUUUGGUUGACCUCAAAUAUCAGUUUAAGUGGAAUGAUCACUAGAGAUGAACAAGAACAUUAUACAGGAAGCAUCUCUCUAGUCUCUACAUUGACAAAUUGGUGACUGCAGUUUUGUAUGACUCAAGCACCGCUGCCUCCAUCAAUAUCAAGGAUAAGAUGCAACCCCUCAAUUGCCAUAUCCUAGAAUUUCAAGUAUUUCCUGAACAUUCUACUAAUAAAUCUUGCAUGCUUGCAUGUAGGUAUGUGUGAUAGUGUAUAAAUUUUUCCCGCUGUGACAGUUUGCCCCACUAAUGAAAAUGUCACUGAUCUGUUUUAUCUCCAUCUAACAUCUCAUAAAGUAUUGAUCUGAAG